UUAAGCUCCUCUGUGGACAGCUCUAAUGAUGAAGAAAACUCAGAUUUAGACUAUGAACCAAGUUCAGACAUAUGCAUUAGUGAUCCAGUUGAAGGUGUGGAUAUUUCGUUUGCUGGUGAAGAUUUUGAAGAUGAUUCAGAGACUGAGGAAGAGAAUUUGGAGAUCGAGGCAGGAACUAGUAAAGCGUCAACUACUGUUCCCUGUGUUAUGGACAUGGAUAAGGUAGAGGGUUCAGUACUCAAUGACCAAAUGUGUUUAGCUUACAAGCAGUGUAUCCAUGACCUGGCUCAGACACCUGCCAGAAAUACCUGCUCCAGAAAAGGCUGUGGCAGGCUGCUUUCUAUUCAGCAAGCCACUGUCCGCUCAGCCCUUCGCCUUAAAUGGGUAUGUGAGGCUGGACAUGUCUGCCAUAUUUGGUCCUCUCAGCCAGUCUUGAAGUACGGCUUGUCUGCAGGUGACUUGCGGUUGUCAGCGGCCAUCCUCUUCAGUGGAAAUAACUUUCAGAAAUUUGAGAUGUUGGCAAGAUACCUGAACAUGCCGUGCAUGGGAUCAGCAUCCUUCCAUCAUCUUCAGCGCCACUAUCUUGUUCCAGCAGUGGAGCAAACAUGGGAGGCAGAAGAAGAGAGGGUGGUCAAGGCAAGAAAAUCCCAGCAAAUUGUUAUGCUCGGUGAUGGACGCAUGGACUCUCCAGGCCAUUCUGCCCAGUACUGCUCGUAUUUUGCCAUGGACAAUGCUUCAAAGGAAAUUAUAUCAGUCGUCACAGUUGACAAACGAGAGACUGGCAAAUCAAGUACUCGGAUGGAGAAGGAAGGUUUUCUGAGGACGUUGGAAAACCUUGACAGAAAAGGGGUCCUAGUAGCUGAGGUAGUGACUGAUGCCCAUCCAUCUAUUGCUGCAUACAUGAGAAAAGACAAACCAGACAUAAAGCACUCAUUUGACAUCUGGCAUGUUGGUAAAAAUUUGGCAAAGAAAAUAUUAAAGGCAUGCCUCAAAAAGCAGUGCUCCCCACUAAAGGCAUGGUUGAAGCACAUAGUGAACCAUUUUUACCAUGUGUCCAGCACUGCAAGCACAGUAGAUGAAUUCACAGGACUUUGGUUUGCACUUCUCCAUCAUGUCACAAAUGAGCACAGCUGGGUCUUGGAUUGUGGUGGAGGGAUCUGCGAAUGCUCCCAUGGGCCAUUGACAGAUGAAAGGGAGCUGGAGUGGCUGGAAAAGGGCAGUGCUGCACAUGAUGCUCUAAGAGAAAUAAUCUGUGACAGGAGAUUUCUCAAUAACAUCCCAUACUACCUGAAUGCAAGGAGUACUGCUGAGCUGGAGACCUUGAACAGUCUUGUUCUCAUGUAUGCAGCAAAGCGAUUUUCCUACACACCUCCAGUGUACCGUGCAAGAAACUUACUUGCUGCCUUAGACCAUAAUUAUCACUUGCAAAGAGAGCAGAAGUUGAACAAAGAUGGCUCGGCAAGAGUCUGUCAGUCAUUCAAUAAAAAAAGUGCCAGGUGGACAGUGAGGCCAGUGAAAGAACAGAAGACCUAUCCACACAUGGCUACACUGAUCAGGAAUGUGUUUCAACUCAGGCUGUCGGCAGACAAACCACUGUCAUCUGUGCUGUGCCUGGCAGAAUCAGACCCACGAAGGAUCUCCAGGAAUAUUGCACCUGUUGAGCCACCGUCCAAAAAAGAACUCAUUGAGCAGUUCAAAUCACGCUUUUCAAAAAAUGACUAACGGAAGUAUACAGUGUUAGUGGUUGGUGUUACCAACUUGAUACUGCAUUUGGUGUAUAUAAUUCACUGCAGGAAGAUUGUGAGUGGCUUGUGAUUGAAAUAUUUCUGAAGUAGUUAUUGGUAGAUGUAUUUGGAUUUCCAAAGUGAAUGUCAGCGAAUGUUCACAUAAUGAUCAUAUAUUCAUGUCAUGAUGUGUACUUCUGUGGUUUAUGAAACAAAUUUAGAUUGUGCAACGUGAUGUUUGCUGAAAUCCAUCCUUGUAAAUGAUGGUUUUGUUGACUGCCAUUUGGAAAGAUCAAUAGAGAAGUAGCAGGAUGCUGCAUCCUCCUUUUUAGCUCGACUUUUCAAAGAAAAAUGAGAGCUAUACUACUCGCCCUGGCGUCUGCGUUGGUUUAAGUUUUUUAUAAAGUCAAAUAACUUUAAAACUAUAAAAGAUAAGUACCCCAAACUUAGAAUGCUUUUUUAUGACAACAAGGCAAUUGUGUAGGUAAAGUUGCAUACAUCUGUAAGCAUUAUUUUUAGAGUUAUGACCCUUUUUAUACUUAGAAAAGUGAACAUUUGAUGAAGUUUUAUGUUUAGGUCCACUUUAUUCCUAAAGUAUGAAAGCUAUUGCUUUCAUACUUGCAACACUUACUUACUAUCAUGUAUAUAUAUAUAUACAUUAUAUAUUAUACAGUACAUUAAGUAGUAUUUUCUUACAGCCAUGAAUCG